UGUUUUUUCGACGAAGAAUAUUUGUGAAAUAUUUCUUCAAACUUAUUAUGAUUAAAAUUCAAAAAAAUUAUUCUGUCAAAUCUAGAAAAUCUGUACAAUGAAAUUUAAAUCUUAUUUCAAAGUUGUAGCUGCUGACAGAAGCACAUUGUAUGUAUGUUAUAUAAUUUCAUAGUUGGUUAGAAUAAAUAAAUACAAUCUAUAAAUAUAAGUUCAUAUUUACAUAAAAUGUGAUUAAAAAUUUAUUUCCUUUGGUAAUUUCAUGCAAGUAUAUGUUAACUUUAUUUUUGUUACAAAACCCAUGUAAAUUGGAGAGGAACAUAUUUUUUGUUCCGGUUUGGUCACAUUGUUGGGGGGACAAUUAAUAUGUGACGGAAUAAGAGAAGCAGUAUGAGACAGCAAGCAUUUGAUGAAAGACGUUAAAGGAGUCUCGGCUUGAAAAGAAACUUUAUUCCCUCAGAGUUUGUGAGGCCAAUGAGUUCUGACGGCAUUAUUUCGGCAUUAUUUUGGCAUUGUUUUGGCAUCGUUCUUAACGAGAAGAAGGCGUGGCUGAAAAUAAAUGUCUGUUUGAGAAAAAUGAACAACUUGAGCUUUGAUUAAGACCUCGCAGGGAGUAACAGUCAGAACUCAGCCUACAUCGCGCUGAAGAGAAGGAGAGACUGAGAGGGAGCCUGUCGCAGCAGCGGAGCCGUUAACGAACAGCUCUUUGAUGAGUGACGUCAUCGCUCUCAAUCUUCAAAGGUAAUACAGAGCCAAAUCACCAAUCCUGGAGAUGCCGAAGAGAAGAGAUAUUCUUGCCAUCGUGUUGAUCGUGUUACCCUGGACGUUGCUCAUCACAGUUUGGCACCAAAGCGCUAUCGCUCCGCUCCUCGCCAUCCGCAAGGCCUGUCACCACCUAGUAAAAGAGAUCUUUAUCAUUCCAGAGAGGCUUGCAGUCCGCCACCACCGACUCUCAGAUGACGGCGUGGAGGGCAAGAGGGAGAUGAGAUCAACUCAGAAAGUUUCCGUGUGGCCCGUGGCCUUCGUGGGCGGCCUGCGCUACGAGUCGCCUAAGGUCAACGCGGCCGGGAAGGUGUACGGUUGGAAGACGGUGUUUGACCCCCACCGGCCCUUCGCCAUCGACCUGAGGCUCAUCCUCUUCAAGCCUCAGGCGUACUUCAAGCUCCGCGGGGUGAAGGGAGGCUACCAGGAGAGCAGUCUGCUGCGGGAACUUGUCACGCUCGGCGACCUGGAACCCAAAGCGGCCAAUUGCACUAAGAUACUCGUCUGGCACACAAGAACAGAGAAGCCCGUCCUUGUAAACGAAGGGAAAAAGGGAUUCACAGACCCCAAUGUGGAAAUAUGACAGUUAUUUUUUUCUCCCAUAUCAUGGUGGUUGUUUAUGGACACAAAACAGUUGCUGGCAAGUUUUUGAAAGACAAUCUAACCCUCUUCGUCACUUGAAGGUGACAUUUUUAUUUUAUUUUUUAUUUUUUUGUGAAGAAAAGACAAAGCGGGAUCCGUUUCGUAUGAAAGCACAGCUCGGCGAAUGGCGGAUUUUUUUAUUUAUGAGCCCCGUGAAAGAGACGACGUCAAGGACGGCGUGGGCGCCACGGUGACGACAACCUGACAGAAAGACAGCACAAUUCUAACACCUGUCACUAAAAAAAAAAAAAAAAAAAAAAAAAAAAACCUGAAAUGGGAUUAUGAUGAAGAACAUUCAACAACCCGGACUACGAUCUCGUGGAUCUUACUGGGAUAAACACUACAAGGGAAGGAGUGUCCUUUUGAUAAAAAUGUAAUUUUAUUAGGGUUUUUUUUCGAUGUUGACGAUACUACUGAACACAUUUACUCCUAAGUUACCAUAAGUCAUGCAUUUCAAACGCAACUUGAAGAAUUGUACAUAAAACACAUGAAAACGCGCACCUCUCACUUAGCACUUAAAACACACUGAUGGUAUUUCUUUGUGACAACAUGUGUACAUAGCUUUCAGGAAAUGUUGUGAAUACUUGUGAGUAUUUAUGUUGGACCGUGAGGACAAAUAACAGCACACAGUCGCUUUCAUUAACAUUGAAAAAAACAACACGAUAGUUGGCGUGAUGAAAGGUUUCCCCCUGUCCAUGCACAGCCACGUAUGAACACACGGAAAUAAUCUUUGACUUAAAAGUGUUACGAUAUUCAGUUCUGCGAGCACGGUACAGGUGGU